GUCAAAACACGAGCGAAAAGUCCAAAAGAAAAAAAAACAACAACAACAACAAAACAAGAAAACACACAAUAUAAAAGCAGCACAAAGAGUGGGUUUAUUGCGCAGGUUGUGACGGAGCGGCGCAGACAUGAGAGUCAAAAUGAAGAAGUUGAAGCCAAAGCCGAAGGUCCCGGAAGAAAGUUGCGCUCUGUGCGGUUCCUGUGACGACGACCCAGUGAUCCUCGGAGACAAAGUUAAAGUCCCAGAACUGAAACGCUCUGUGCACUACUUCUGUUUGCUGACGUCCUGCGGCGUGUAUCAAAAGGGGGCUGAGCGUGAGGGCGUGUUUGGGUUUCUGGUCAACGACAUAAAAAGAGAGAUGCGCCGCUCCAGUCGACUGACAUGUUUCGGGUGUCACAAGAAGGGGGCGUGCGUGGGCUGUUUUGUGCCGCGCUGCAGGAAGAAGGUGCAUUUCCCGUGUGGACAGAGGCUGGAGUUUGUGUCCCAGUUCAAGUGUCCUUUCCCGUCGUACUGCCCGGCCCACGCCCCGUCCCAGAGUCUGAGUCCUGGUCUGAGUCCUGGUCUGGACCUGAGUCUUCCUCAGUCCUGUUCGGUCUGUCUGGACCCCAUAGACCCACUUCUGUCCUUUUCCAUCCUCAAGUGUCCCUCCUGUCACAGCAGCUGGUUCCACCGCCACUGUGUCCAGCGUCAGGCUCACAGUUCGGGGCUGUUCUUCUUCAGAUGCACUCUGUGUAACAACAAAGAUCAGUUUCAGGAGGAAAUGCUGCGACUUGGGAUCCACAUCCCAGAGAGAGAUGCAUCGUGGGAGUUGGAGACUGGGGCAUACUCAGAGCUGUUGGAGGUUUACAGACACUGUGACGCAGAGACCUGUGAAUGCCCCGAGGGGAGGGGCCACUCCGCCAAGACAGGAUACCUGGAGAUAAUCCGUUGCCGUCUCUGUGGAUCCAGAGGGACUCACAGGAAGUGCUCCGGUCUCAGACUAGAGACACGAGACUGGGCGUGUCCCGACUGCACUAGCGCCAUCGACGGGAAAUCAGUGUUGAUGGCAUCUCCAAACCUCCCUCAGAGAAGAAGUCUGUCCAGGAUCAGCUCGCCGCCCCCCGUCUCCCACAAGAGGUCCCGACUUUCCUCCUCUCCCUCUUCGGCCUCCCCUCAGAAGUUAUUUCGCUCCCUGCGGCCCAGGCCCCGCCCCCAGCACCAGGUGACCUUCAGACUGCGCCCCCGCAGCGGCAGGCACCGCCCCCUCACAGACAGACAGCACCCCCUACUGGAGGUGAGCGGAGAGGAUGUCCUGGCGCCAUCUCUGGAGCUGCUGAGGAGCUCAGAGUUUGACCCAAACAGAGAGCUGAGCAUCAGGUUCACAGACAACAGGACUCCGUUUUCCAGCAGCCCUGGCACUGAUGGUGCUCUGCAGCACUUCCUGAAUCUACUGCUGCGGCAGAUUCAAGACUGUGAGGUGUUUGAGGGACCAAUGGGAUGCAAGAACCUGGCUCUGAACGCUCAAGCCCUUAAAGAGGACCUGUACUUUGACAUUGGCGUUCUCCUGGCUCUGGCCCUGGUGCACGGCGCACCCUGUCUGCGGUUCUUUUCUCCUGCGCUGUACCAGCUCCUCUUCAACUUCCCCCAAAACCAGCCCCUGACCCUGAGCCACCUCACUCCCGGCUCCCCCCUGACCAGCACCAUCCAGAGGAUCGAAGCUGCACAAUCCAUCUCGGAGCUCCAGUCCGUCCUCUCUUCAUGCUCUGAUCACCUCACCCUGUCCGGCUGCAACCGACCAAUCAAGAGCCUCGAGGAGCGGGCGGGGCUAGUGGACGACCUUAUCGCCUUCAGUUUGAUCACCAGGAUGCAGCUGCCCCUACAGAGGUUCCGUGAGGGUCUGCAGACUCUGGGUGUCUUUGAGCAGGUGCAGCUCUACCCGUCAGUCUUCCUUCCUCUCUUCACUGGAGGAGGGGAGCUCUCACACACCUCUCCUGCCCAGGAUCAAGCUCCCGAAUGCGGGCACCAGGAACAGGACCACACCCCCAAGCGCCCAGUUCCCUCCAUAGGCCGAAGACAUCAGUCCACAAGGGGGACACUAGGACUGAACCAGGACUAAACCAGGACUAAAUCUGGGACAGAACUGGAUCUAAACCCAGGUCUAAACUCCGAAUAAACCAAGACUAAACUAGAACCAAACCAGGACUGGGACUUGACUAGAAAUAAACCAGGACUGAACCAGGACUAGAACUUGAUAGCAUCGCCUGUUUGGCUCGAUGUCCAUAAAGACUAAAUGGGCAAUACCUAACUUUUCUGGUGUAGGGUCUUGCUCCUGUUUAAGUGCCUAUGUCAAGUUGGGAUGAUUCUAAUUUUCACUUGAUCUGGUGGAGAAAAUAAAACCUAUUGUAAAUAAAUUAUAGUUUUACACACAUCAAGAAGCAAUUUGUCAAGAAACAAUGGAAAAUGUGUUGAAGAUUACAGGAAGUAGAGAGUUCUAAAACACUGACGGAGCCGCACUGGGAAAAGUCUGUCCAAACAUUCCUCCAAAUUUGCAAUAAUAAUGAUGCACCAGAUUCAUAUAGCACUUGACUCACAAGACACUCAAAGAGCAGAGCAUUAUUCAUUUUCUCCACACUUGGUGGUGAUGAGUUACUUUAUGUAGGUACAGCUGCCCUGGGACUGCCGAUAGUGCAGACUGGCAGCUUUAGUUCAAUGUGUGUGGGUUUUUUUUAACCCAACAGUCUCCCAUCCAUGUAUUAACCAGGCCCCGCCCUGCUUAGCUUCAGAGAUCUGACCAGAUCAGGCUUCGACAAGGUUUGGCCACAAUCUACUUAAAACACAUUUUUAGAUACUUAAAGCAUUAUUUCAACAAAAUAAAAAGGUUUUCUUUUAUUUUUAUUUGUCAAAUGAUAAUUUCUGUGUACAUUAGGAGGUUUGGCCCAGUGUACCACAUGGUUGCUAAGUAAUUCUCUAACAUGUCAUGUUUUCCAACCAAAAAGUACUAGGAACAAACUAGAACUGCACCUGAGGGACCAAAAAUUCCACUUAAGGACUAAACUACGUGACUUUUCUUUAGCUUGAAAAAAAGCAUUAAAACUCUCAUCUUAAUUGUUCAAAAAAGUUUGAUCUUUUUAUUGUUAAAAACAUUCUUUGACAUAUUUUACUCAUUGAGCAGAUGGUACAUGGUUUUUGUUGUCAUGUCUGUAAUGUUUUCUUCCUGUUGAUCUGUGUGUUUGAUUCGUUUGUGCUGUUUAUUUACUGUUUAUUGAACUGGUUUUAC